CCCCUUCUUCCAGCGCGGGGUGGGGCUUCGGGACCCGGGGGAUGAGCCGGGCCAGGUCCCGCCCCUCCGCGCAGGCCUCCGGGGGGCCGGGGCUUACCAUGUAGGGGAGGGGAGAUCUAUCCACAUACCUCAGCCGGGGCCGCGGAGUUCGUGUGUGUACCUGCGGGGUCCCUACCUACAGAUGAGUGGGUUCACCUCUCCUGGGUUCAUUGUGGGAGGGAUUUGGAAGUGUGGAACCUGGGGUGUCCAGCUGUACCUUGGAGGGGGCUGGCUGGGGCUGGCGUGCACCUCGGUGGGGUCCGGGCGCUUGGAUAAUGUUCUUGGUGGGUAGGGGUCGCGGGGAAUCUCUGCGGGCCCGGGACUGCGGGGACUCGGUCCCCAGCUCCACCCCAUCAUGUGGCUAGCCCCGGCUCCGCCUCUGUCCCAGUUCCUGUUUUGGCCUCCGCUGUCCCGCUCCGGCCCCUGGGGCUCCCCGCAGACGCUGCUCUUCCUGCUCCACAGGGGCUGCCUCUUCCUGGGCGCCCGCCGCCUGCAUCCUGCUCGCCCUGUCUGGGAAUGGUGCCGCCCCCGGGCUUGGGCCGGCCCGGCUGGGGCCCCCGAGGCGCUUCCGCCCCGUAGUGACCGCCUGGUGCCGCCGCCCCCAAGAUGAAGGGCGGCGAGGGGGACGCGGGCGAGCAGGCCCCGCUGAACCCUGAGGGCGAGAGCCCUGCAGGCUCGGCCACGUACCGGGAGUUCGUGCACCGCGGCUACCUGGACCUCAUGGGGGCCAGUCAGCACUCGCUGCGGGCACUCAGCUGGCGCCGCCUCUACCUCAGCCGGGCCAAGCUCAAAGCUUCCAGCCGCACGUCUGCCCUGCUCUCGGGCUUCGCCAUGGUGGCCAUGGUGGAGGUGCAGCUGGAGAGCGACCACGAGUACCCACCAGGCCUGCUGGUGGCUUUCAGUGCCUGCACCACCGUGCUGGUGGCUGUGCACCUGUUUGCACUCAUGGUCUCCACGUGUCUGCUGCCCCACAUUGAAGCUGUGAGCAACAUCCACAACCUCAACUCUGUCCACCAGUCACCACACCAGAGACUGCACCGCUAUGUGGAGCUGGCCUGGGGCUUCUCCACUGCCCUGGGCACCUUUCUCUUCCUUGCUGAAGUUGUCCUGGUUGGUUGGGUCAAGUUUGUGCCCAUUGGGGCUCCCUUGGACACACCGACCCCCAUGGUGCCCACAUCCCGGGUGCCCGGGACUCUGGCACCAGUGGCUACCUCCCUUAGUCCAGCUUCUAAUCUCCCACCAUCCUCUGUGUCUGCAGCACCGUCCCAGGCUGAGCCAGCCUGCCCACCCCGGCAAGCCUGUGGUGGUGGUGGGGCCCAUGGGCCAGGCUGGCAAGCAGCCAUGGCCUCCACGGCCAUCAUGGUACCCGUGGGGCUCGUGUUUGUGGCCUUUGCCCUGCAUUUCUACCGCUCCUUGGUGGCACACAAGACAGACCGCUACAAGCAGGAACUAGAGGAACUGAAUCGCCUGCAGGGGGAGCUGCAGGCUGUGUGAGGCUGGUGUUAGCCACCGCUCACUGCAAGCACUGCCUCCCUCCGGGGUCUGUAAGAGGCCGCAGGGGCCUACAGACCUCAUCCCCCCAUCCCCUGGCUGGAGCCACUUCCAGUGGCCACUCUCAGGCAGAGUUCAGAUUCCUGCCUGCAGGGUCCUCUGGCCUGGGCCUUGGGGCAGCUCCCACAUUCCCAAGGAUUUUCCCCAUCAGUCUGUCCCUUGGGUUUUUCAAGCUACUCUGCACCUGGGCUGGCCUCAGUUGAAGGAUCAUACAGUAGAUAGAGGGGAGGCAGGGAGAGCUUGUGGGACCUUUGGUGCUGACUUUAGCCACCAUUUCCAUUCCUAUACAGGAUGUGAAGGUCAGAAGGCAGCCAACUGUUGGUUUGAUUUUUUUUUUUUUUUUUUUUUUGAGACAGUCUCUGUUUCCCAGGCUGGAGUGUAGUGAUGCAGUCACAGCUCACUGUAGCCUUGACCUUCCAGGCUCAAAAGAUUCUCCCACCACAGCCUCCCAGGUAGUGAGUAGCUGGUACUACAGGUGUGUGCUGCCACACCCGACUAAUUCUUUUGUAUUUUUUGUAGCGACGGGGUUUCGCUAUGUUCCCAGGCUGGUCUCAAACUCCUGGGCUCAAGUGAACCUCCCACCUCGGCCUCCCAAAGUGCUGGGAUUCCUUGCUUUAUUUCUGUAGAAUCUGUUUUAUGGUUGGCAUUUUGGGGGAAGAUUUCGAUGGGUUCCACAUUCUUGCUUUAGUUGUUGUAGAGGGAUUUGGGUGUUUCUACCCCAGGCAUUGGUCUAGCUUGUCCUACAACGAACCUAUCUUUGGAGGUUCAAGCUCCCCACCUUCCCCCACCGUGGUGACCUGUGGCCACUCACAGCAGGGAUGGUGCCUGACCCACUGCCCUAGCCCCACGCUAUGCACUAAACUUGUUCUCCCCCUCCUGGGCCAGGGCUGGGGUCUUUAGAGACUGACAGCCUCUGCCCCAGGCCUGAGUCCUUAGCAAGGAUUGGGUGAGGAGGUUUUAAGGGAGAAGGUCCAGUCUUUAGCCCUUGGAAUACAAAGCUCUUCUGACACUGAAUUUGGAUGCACCUUCUUUUAUAUAAUAAAUUGUGUUUCACAGA